UUGCAGUCACAGCAAACACUUAACGGCCUGCAAGCACAACAAAAAAGAAAAAGAAAAUAAAAUAGCAAAUGGAUUACAAGGCGGAGCCCUGUGUUACGGCGCACAGCCCGUUCGAUGCGGCGAGUGACAGCCAGGAGCUGCGCAGCGCUAUGCGUGGCCUGGGCACAGACGAGCAGCAAAUCAUCGACAUCCUGACCACACGCAACAACGCACAGCGCCAGCUGAUUAGCGCCACCUAUGCGGCGGAAUUUGAAAGAGAUCUGGUCGACGAUCUGAAGAGCGAGCUGGGCGGCAAAUUUGAAAAUGUGAUUGUGGCACUGAUGAUGCCGCCGGUGGAGUAUCUAUGCCAGCAGCUGCACUCGGCAAUGGCCGGCAUUGGCACCGAGGAGGCAACCCUUGUCGAGAUUCUGUGCACCAAAACGAACGAGGAAAUGCAAGAGAUUGUUACCACCUAUGAGGAGAAAUGGGGUCGACCCUUGGCCGAGCAAAUGUGCAGCGAGACAUCAGGAUUCUUUCGACGAUUGCUCACACUGAUUGUGACCGGUGUGCGUGACCCGGUGAAUACGCCGGUGAACGCUGAGCUGGCCAAGGAUCAGGCCUCACAGCUAUAUGCUGCCGGCGAGGCCAAAUUGGGCACAGACGAGGAGGUCUUCAAUCGCAUCAUGUCCCAUGCUAGCUUCCCCCAGCUGCGUCUGGUCUUCGAGGAAUACAAGGAGCUAACCGGCCAGACCAUCGAGCAGGCCAUCAAGCAUGAGAUGGCCGAUGAGUUGCAUGAGGCUAUGAUGGCCAUAGUGGAGUGCGUCCAAUCCCCGGCAGCUUUCUUUGCCAAUCGCUUGUACAAGGCCAUGGAUGGAGCUGGCACCGAUGAUGACACUCUAAUACGCAUCAUUGUCAGUCGAUCUGAGAUCGAUCUAGGCACCAUCAAGAAGGAGUUCGAACGCAUCUACAAUCGCACGCUAUACAGCGCCAUUGAGGAUUCGGAAACAUCGGGCGAUUAUAAGCGCGCCUUAACUGCAUUGCUGGGCGGCGCUUAACUUGGCCUGAAACGUAAAACACAAAUGAAAUUAAAUUAAAAUUAUAAAUAUAUAUAUGUGUAUGUGUACGUAUG